GUACCUGUCUGAAAAGAAAAGCGCUCUCGUACAGACCCAUUGGCAGGACACUAUCAACGUAUGUCACUUUCUCGAGGACGCAUCAUACAAUUCACUUGAAGAAGGAUCGACAGUUCCAGACUAUUUGGAGAGUGAAGACCUUCAGAUUUCUGAGACAAAUAGCAUGGAUGAUACCUGUCGCACAGAAUUCCUUUGACCUGUAGCGUGAUGUGUGUCUGUGGUGGCCUUAGCGCCGUGAAGAGCGAUGAAACCGGCGGCGAUAAACUUCGGUUCUCAAACAACGCCGGACCCUGAGCGCUGUAUAUAUUGGCCUUUGCCCCUACAAGAGCAAGCAACUUGUCUAUCCCUCUUACCAAGGACAUGUCCUCCAACAGUGUCGUAACCAAACUCCCACCAGAAAUCAUCGAGCAGAUUAUCUUUUCUCUAUGGUCCCUCGACCUCACCACCACUGAACGCGUCCACCUCAUUACCUCCUCCGUUCUCGUCAAUCACGCAUGGGCAGAACUCUUCCUUCGCGUAUCCUGGCGCGAUGUGUUCAUACCUACACUACCCUUCGUCAUGCAUUUCCGCCGUUUGCUCUGUGGAGAAGCAACUAGUAUCAUUCGGAUUCUCAACUUGGAUCCGAGUUUACCGAAUGUCCUUUGUCGGAGUAUUACAUUCGAUACGUCGAAACAAGGACUGAAGGAUCCGAUGGUGGAGGCACGGGGGAACUUGGGCUUGUUCUUCCUUGGGCAUCGAGGGAUCGUUCCGGAUCUGAGGUGGAUAACGUACGGGGAUGGUACGGACGUGAGGAGGGUAGCCUUUAGAUGGGCAGUAUCCCCAGACACACGGGGGCAAUGCCGUGCAGAGAUGGGGAAAUGAGCGGUACAUUUCUGAUGAGUGUCUCCAUUUAUGCAGCUUAAACCCUUUCACGUUCCAAAUACUCUCGAUCCGGACUAGAGCAUCCACAGCGGUACCUUUCCAAGGGACACACGCGAGUCCGCUUCAAACUCAAAGUGCUCAAACAGUUUUUUUGAAGCAUAGAAAGGCCUUUGACGCAUUAACAGGAUGUCCCUUUUACUUCGGGUGGUCUUGGCAAUAACGAGAUAAUUUCGAAGACGUCUUUGUAAGACGACUGGCGAGGGGAGACCGGAAGGGAUCUGUUCCUACCGACCGCCGAAGUAGACGGGGUGGGACAAGCAGCGUCGCAGGGCAUCG